AUGUGUAGAGAACAUUUGAAAAAGUGUUUUAGAAGGGGAUAUGGCUGUGACUUACUUCAUGAAGAAGCCAUGAUUACUGAACACACCCAGGCGAUCCUUGAACGUUUUCAGCUAGGACACCAUAAAUCAGACCUGGUAAAGAAAAUUAUUCUUGUUUGUGAUCGGCGCGAGAAAUCCGCAUGUUCAAAAGAAAAAACUACAGGUAAGUAAUGUAAAAUUCUGUUAUCCCUACGACAUCUCUCUCUAUUUAGGUAAUUUUCGUUUUAACACGCAUUUUCCGUGAGAAAAAAGGUCGCUUCCAACGUAAGACGCUAAAAACGUAUUAGUCUUCCAGGUCCACAGCUAGGUACUUUAAUGCUGCGGUUUUCGAAACCCGGGGUACAAGAAGCCUUACUUAUUAAACUACAUUGUUAAACAGUAAGUUUGAACGUCAUGAUUUAAGCGGAAAGGGAAAAUUUAGCUUUAGAUAUAACACAAUGAAAGUGUUUAAAAGAGGGAAGCUGCCAAUGAAGGACGGAGAGCUAAGACGGGUAUAAAAAAUUUCCACCCUGGCCGAGGGUUUGGAAAAGUUCGAUUUUCCGUGACCGUUUUGAUCGUGAACUUUAAGACGGAAAACCAGUCUGACAAAAAAUAACAAAAUAAAGAUAAAAAUAAAUGAAUGUAAAUCUGAAAAAAGUUGUUAUCAUAUAUAUAUAUAUAUAACUACUGAUACAGUACCUCAAUAGUCAGUGGAAGUAAUUUUAAUCAUGAAAAUGAUUAAAUGAGCCAUCAUUCCUCUCUCUUUUUUACUCAAGGCAUUCUGACAGGAAACAUUCUCUUCAACAAGCCAGAGGCACCCAUUUGCGCAGAGUAUAUUCUUGGCAAAUGUAAGAAUGGUUCUAAGUGUACAGGCCAUCACUGCUUUUUGCCUUACCAUUGGCAAUAUACCGAUGCAGGUGAAUGGAAGAGUUUUAAUGAGAAAGACAACCAGAAGCUGGAAAAACUGUAUUGCGACGUGACGCUUGAGGAAUGUUCUGCUACAGGCAUGCAAAUAUCACAUGAAAGGUAUGUUAUAGGAAUUAUAGUAUACAUUGAGAAUGUUGUCAAAUUAACGGAUUUUCACUCAUUUAUAGUUAUAAUAAUUAUGCGAAGUUAGUAGACAUACUUCAGCCCAAAACUAAUGUACGAGAAAAGAAAAAGGAGUAUGUUCAAAUGAAAGGGCUUAAGACGAAUGAACCAACAACAACAACAACAAUAAGCUUUAUUUGCAUGACUAUAACAAAGUAUUACAGUAUUGCAAAAGCUACUUGAAUUUAAUUAUUGAUUCCUUUUUAAAUUAAUUAUUUCAAAUAACUUUAAAUAUAAUAAUCAUUGCUUAUUUUCAACCAUCAGUAGGAUUAAUUAUUCCAGAGACAAGUUUGUCUCUCAAUUCAUAGCCUUUACACAGACGUUGUUUUAUUUUUCUGUUCGCUCUUUUGGAAAAUAUUGGCGAGCGCGCGAGCGAGGCGAGCACGCGGGCGAAGCGAACGAGCGAGCGAGAGCGAGCGUGGAGCCCGAGAAAGAAAAAUAUAGCAAGAUGAAAUAAAUGAGAUUAAUUGGAUGUUAAUAAAAUAGUCAGUAGAAUUCAUUAGAUGUGAUAGUUCUCAUGUGAUUGUAGUCGUAGAAACGGUAUUUUAGGUUCUAGUUCAGAGAAGAACGUCUCUCUUCUCGAAGAUAAACUUGAACAAUCUAAGUGAGAUUCAUCUUCAAUUGUGUUACAAUUGCAGAGACUGCACAGCCUUUCAUCACGUGGUAUAUUGUCGUAUUUACCUGUCUCAGUCCUAAGUUUGUGACUGCUUAUUCUCAGUUUUACGAAAUCAUGUUUUCCUAGAAGGGUUCUUCCUUGUUAGAUCUAGGUAAGCAGGGAAGCUAUAAUUCGCUUUGAUUUUGUAGAACCAGAACAUUGGCAUUUUAUGGUAUGCUAAUGGUGCAUUUUUUUAAACAUGAAUUAUAGGUUGACAUUAUUAUCAUUUUAAUAUUCAUAUUUUAGCUAUGGAUUUUUAUUCCUUGACGAGAUGUGUGAUGUCGAUUUGCUCAAUAAUAAGCUGCUGAUUACAGGGAAAGAUUUUAAAGCCACGCAAAGUCUACGACGCCUAUCUACGGAGUCUUAUGUCAACUCAAGCAACCCUCUAGCUACGGAGUGGAUAUGGUACUGGCAGGACGAAAAUGGACUCUGGAGGAUGUAUGAUCAAGACUACACUGUGAGUAAAUAGUGGGAGAAAUCCUGAUACCUUAAAUCCUCUAUUAAGCCCCCCCUCUCAAAUAAACCCCCUCCCUCUAAUAAGCCCAUCCCCUUUUAGGAGAAGAAAAUUAAUAAGCCCCCCUUCCCUCCUUUAAUUAUUCUUCACCAAUAAAUGAUAGACUGUAUUAAUCAAUCACGGCUAUAAAACUUCAUGUGGACUGAUCCGAGAUGGUAUAUUCAUCAACUCCUGGAAGUUCGGAUUUGUUUGUGAUCCUCGGCUGCAUGACCUCUAACCUUCUUGUGCUUGAGUAUUCUAGUUCUUUAUGCAGUACUGAUACCAUCGUCUGUUCUAAAUUAAAUAAUCCUCCCCUCUCAAAUAAGCUCCCGUCUCUAUAAAGCCCCCCCCCCCCUCAAAUGGGCUUGAAAUAAAUAAGCCCCCGGGUAGCUUAAUAGAGGAUUUACGGUAAAUCAUCUGUGAGUAGCCUUACAGUCCCUCAAGGUAAGUGGUGCGACGGGUGAGGGGCGGUUAGGGCCCACCUUGGGUUGUUUCUGUGUAAAGGUUCUGCGAGAAUUGAAGGUUUAAUGGAUGGCUUGUGGUGGGCUCCGCAAAGUGAUUAAUAAUAACAACGCUAAAUAAUUAUUUAUCCACCCCCUUAUGGGGCUUUUCAGGGAUAAAAAAAUAAUUCAAAUAGAACAUAAUAUGUUUAAGAAUCCCAACUGAUAGGAGGCAAACCAGUUGGCUAUUUACAAGCGUGGUCGAGGAUUUGAACUCGGGACUACCAAUCGAUUCCAAGAACAAAUUCAGCUAGCGGUUAGGGCGGGACUUCAACUCGGGGCUUCCGGAUUACAAGUCCAGCGCUCUCACUGCUCGGCCACGCUUCCUCCACGAUAUGGAGGCAAUAUUAUGGGAUAUGGAAAGCUUCUCUAGGGGAUCUGUGUAGUAUACAUCCGGGACGAGCCUAGCGCGGGAACUCUGGGGUCAUGUGACUUGACGAAGUUGUGUUUUGAAGUGUAGCAGUGAGAUAAGUAGUCCUCGUGUUUACUAGACUAUAUGGCCUCGGUGGCCUUUAGAAAUGCUGUUAUCUGUAGUGUCAUUCAAUUCGUUCGGGGAAAUGAAGAAAGGAAAUCUCUUGUCCCACGAUAGACAAAAAAGGGAGAAACCUUUUGUACUUCUACGGAUGAAGUUGUUACAUACUGACUGUGCUGGGAGACAAACGAUUUCUCGAAACCAGUCAGAGAGAUUUCAAAGAGUUUUGUCGCUGAAAAGCUUGAGGUAAGCUUGUCAACUCUUUCAGUCAAAUCGGAAUGUGAAACAUGAUUGAUUUAGUUUAAAAGUAUUGAAAAGCAAAUGGAAACACUAGACUGUUCACAGUCCCCUAUUUUUUCGUGAGAUCGUCGAGAUAUAGCGCGUCUUACCGUUAAUGGCGACCAUCUUGAUUUUCAAAUGUAUGGAGGGAGCGGGCCUCGGGGAUUAUAGCCCCCUAAGUAGUUUUGACACUCAUGCAAGAUGCAUCCCAUAACGCAAAGCCCUCGAUCUGGACCAUCUACCGGAAAAAUAGAGGACUGUGAACAGCCUAUGGAACACCGUGGAGAGGUUUCAUUUACAUGGUCCCAUGCCCGACAGGAUAAAAAGUAUGUCGCCAGAGUUUUCCAUGGGGGUGAAAUCUUUACUUUAACAUCGUAUAUGGCUUUAGUCUUUAUUUCAAGUCUUGUCCUGCCUAGAUGAGCAUUAUAGCUAUUUUCAGGACAUAAAGUAUUGUAACUUUAUCUUUCUUUAAAUACAUACAUUCUUUGUUGUUGUUGUUGUUGUUAGUUUCAGAGUAAUCGGGCAGAACCCCCGAUUAAGAGUUGGACUUGCUGGAUAUGUGACUGGUAUUAGGCCAACACAACAAACAUUCCAAGUAAUAUAUGGAGAGCGCUUUUUAAUUUGGUACAUCAGUAAAAUUCUGUAUAGAGAAGUGUAUGGUAUCUUGUCUCGACGAGCAACCUUGUUAUUCAUAGGGAAAAGAUCUUCAAGAAUCCCUAGAAAAAGCCUUCUUGACCAAGAAAAACGAUUUCAAGUUUCGGAUUGCAGACCAGGAUUACAUUUUAAGGUUUAUCCCAUCAAGUGACAUGUGCCAGACAAACGUCAAGUAUGGCACGACGAAAAAAGUGAGAAGAAGGCCUGGAAAAUUUGUGUCUAAGGAAGACAUUUCUCAGCUUAAAAGGUAUUUGUGUUGUAGAAUUAAUUAAUGACAAGAACUUUAUCCCUUGCCACCGAUAUGAUGGGCCAGUUUGUUUAGUUCAAAAUAAUUACCAUAAAAUCUCACAUCUUCUUUUCACUGUAAAAUUAAGGUAACCAAAAGAAAUGUUUUGGUAAAGCUCUGUUUUAAGAUAAAAACUAGGUACCCAGCAAGACAAUGAUUUAUGUAAAAUUUGACCGCAGGUGUGGUCGUUCAUUUGCAUUAUAAUCAGUCACAAAAACAUGUCACAUGAUGGUUCAUGAUGUGAUGUGUAAUCUGUUCGAAGCUGGUCAUUGAUACCUAAAGCUUGUUUCGUGAAAAUCACCUCAAUGUGCUUUUACUGUUAAGGUAAAUGGUGGAUACUUGUUUGUAGCCCACAGACAGCCCCCGUGGGCUAAUCUGAUGGAUCUACAGAGGAAAACUUAUGAUGUAAGCAUUUAAGUGAAACAUCGGGUAAUAAUUCUUUCACAGAGAACAAUCAGUUGCUCAUUUACUUACUAUAAAUUCACGGAAUUAUGCGUUGAAACAUUCUUAGGAGAAUAAACUGAAUGUGCCACCACAUUGGAGCACUGUAAAAGUGCAGACUGCGGACUGACUGCGGACUAUUGUUUUUAGGGAUAGAAAACAAUGGGAAUAUUGUUUUCAUACUCACAUUUGCAUUGUGAAAAAAAUAGUCCGCAGUCUGCGUUUUACACUGACCGCACUGUAUUACCAUCUUUUUCAUUAGGUCUCAGAACGCAGUGAGUGUCGAGCAAAGGAGAAAUACAAGAGUCACUAAUACGCCAAAUCAUUGGUCUUCCAUGCUAUCCAAGAGGCAAUAUCAACGUGUGUCGUUAUUAAGACUUUCUGAAGAAUUUAAAGAAGUGGAGAAACUCUUCAAAAAGUCCAUCAAACGGAGUGUGGUAAUUGUUGGAAUUGAACGAGUGCAAAACCCUUUCAUGUGGGAAAAGUACCAAAGGUACUACUGAACAAAUGCAUUAAACGUAAGGCAUUAAAUGCUACGUCACCAAUAAACGUUUCCGUCGCUUAUUACAACCCUAGAGGUGUGAAGAAACUCUAAUUGUCCCUAAAACAUAGCCAAAGACAAUAUCAAUACAUAAGGAUCACGAGGGCUUUAAUUGAGUGCCGCACCAAAUUUCGCGAGGGUGUGUGAGGCACGUUUUUCUAGUAUGGGCUAGUUCUUAGUGAUAAAUAGUGUUUUUCAAUCAAUACAUCUUUAUUUGAAGGGAGAUGGGGUAGUGGGGGCUUAUUUAAAAGGCGUGGGCUUAAUAGAUUAUUAAUGGUAUUUAACUACCCUCUUUAUUUUUUUAAACAACUUCUUAAAAAAUUUUCCCAAAAUUACGAUGUACUUAAUAGUUAGGUUUUUUUUUAUAUUUGUAUAUGCAUAAUUCACAUUUUAUCUUGUUUUGUAUUUUUAGUUUGUCGAACGCUUUUAACAUGAGCCUCUGGUUCGGAAGAUUAUGCAAACACUUCUCACGUCUUCGACAUGAAAUAAAUUAUUCUAUUCUAUUCUACCCUGAUAUACUGUAACUGUACCCAUCUUAGUCUUAUUUACGCGGGUUGCUCGAGGGUCUUUCUCACUUUCACUCGUUUCUUACAGUAAGCUCCUUUCAAGCCCUCUCUUCCCCUUCUCAAGAACACUUCAGAGGCAGAGGAAUUGUUUGAGAAAGAGAUCGAUAGCCCACAAAUUUGGUUGAAUUUUAUGACAUCAGUGCGCGUAUUUUUGUUAUUGAAAAACAUUCAAAAAGCGAACUUCAGUUGUUAAUCCUCUUUUACAGUUCUUUAUUAUUUAUUAUCAUGACUCAAUAUUAAAGCGAAUGAUAAAAUGUCAAUAUUAAAGCGAAUGAUAGAAUUUCAAGGCCAAAAACAAAAGUUGACUUUGAUUACUGUAUAUUAUUCAGGAAAAAGGAAAACAUGGCAGCAGCGAGGAUUGGCUCUACGAAGGGACGGUUUGUUAACGAGAGGCAAUUGUUUCAUGGAACUAACCCUGAAAUCGUAGAAGCUAUCUGUAAACAGAACUUUGACUGGCGUCUUCAUGGGAAGAACGCAACUGUUUACGGUGAAGGAAGCUAUUUUGCAUUAAACUCCUCGUACAGCGAUAGUUACGCUAAGGAAGAUAACAAAGGGUCUAAGUUCAUGUUCGUGGCGAAGGUCCUCGUUGGGUCUUAUACUAAAGGCAAGUCCAGUUAUCGAAGGCCACCGUCAAAGGAGCCUUCGAAUCCCGCAAGUGAUCUGUACGAUUCCUGUGUUGAUGACAGGUCAUCUCCAACCAUUUUCGUCGUUUUUGAUACUGAUCAGUUCUACCCGGAGUACAUAAUCGAGUACACCACAGCCCGAGGCGGUCAUCAGCAGCCUGCGGGACCCGCGAGACCGGUGGCAAGAGCACCAGCUCCAACGCCUAGACACUCACCAGCAGCAAAGGGAGUGGCAACUAAAGUGCAUUACAACGUUAGCAGCCCAUUCACCAGUUAUCAGACGACCACAACCUCGAGUGUGCGUUCGCGUGUUCAAGCACCUCAUUCAGGUGUAUCUGGUACAGGCGGUCACACUUCCACCUCCAAUACAACGUCUGCAAAUGAUUAUCAUUCACCCAUACCAGGAGUGAGCGCAUCAAUCCAAAAUCAGUCUCCUCCCACGGCUUCAGCUUCUACUUCAUACGCGUACUCUGGCGGGUCAAGCAAUCCUUCG